CCCGCGCCCCUCCUCCGAGGACUGUUCCCGGGUCCGGUGGUCUCUCCAGGUCUCCGCUCCGCACCGCAAGCAGCGCACCCGCCGCCUGCUCCCCUCCACCUUCCCGGACCAUGGCCAACAGUGAGCGCACCUUCAUCGCCAUUAAGCCGGACGGCGUGCAGCGUGGCCUCGUGGGCGACAUCAUCAAGCGCUUUGAGCAGAAGGGAUUCCGUCUCGUGGCCAUGAAGUUCGUUCAGGCCUCCGAGGAACACUUGAAGCAGCAUUACAUUGAUCUGAAAGACCGCCCAUUCUUCCCUGGGUUGGUGAAGUACAUGAACUCAGGACCAGUUGUGGCCAUGGUCUGGGAGGGGCUGAAUGUGGUGAAGACAGGUCGAGUGAUGCUUGGGGAGACCAAUCCAGCUGAUUCUAAGCCAGGCACCAUUCGUGGGGACUUCUGUAUUCAAGUUGGCAGGAACAUCGUUCAUGGCAGUGAUUCAGUAAAAAGUGCUGAGAAAGAAAUCAAUUUGUGGUUUAAGCCUGAUGAAUUGAUUGACUACAAAUCUUGUGCCCACGACUGGGUCUAUGAAUAAGAGGUGGACAAAGCAGCAGUCUCCUCCCCUUUGGCACUGCUUUAUGUGCCCCUACACAUAGCUCUGCAUUCCACAGACUUGGAAGCAAUAGCAUUGAGGAUUUUUUUCUAAAGUACAUUUCCCAAUAAAGACUUUGGAAAUUGGG